AUGGAAAAAUCCAAAAAUUUCCGCAUCGACGCCCUGCUGGCGGUGGACCCGCCGCGAGCCGUCUCCGCGCAGAGCGUGCCGCUGGCCUUGGUCACCUCACUCUCGGCCGCCGCAGCUGGACCCGGCGGCGGCAGCGGCGGCGGGGCGAGUAGCGGGGCAAGCGGCAGCGGCAGCCCCACAUCCUCCGAGCCCACCGCGGCACCCGCCGACCGCCUGCGCGCGGAAAGCCCGUCUCCCCCGCGCCUGCUGGCAGCGCACUGCGCGCUGCUGCCCAAACCCGGUUUCCUGGGUGCGGGCGGCGGCGGCGGCGGCGCGGGCAGCGGGCCGGCGGGGCCCCACCACCACGCUCACCCGAGCGCCGCCGCCGCUGCCGCUGCCGCUGCCGCCGCCGCUGCCGCGGGGGGCCUGGCGCUGGGGCUGCACCCUGGGGGCGCGCAGGGAGGCGCGGGCCUCCCGGCGCAGGCGGCGCUCUAUGGCCACCCAGUCUACGGCUACUCCGCGGCGGCGGCCGCGGCGGCGCUGGCCGGCCAGCACCCGGCGCUCUCCUACUCAUACCCGCAGGUGCAGGGAGCGCACCCCGCGCACCCUGCCGACCCCAUCAAGCUGGGCGCCGGCACCUUUCAGCUGGACCAGUGGUUGCGCGCAUCCACCGCGGGCAUGAUCCUGCCCAAGAUGCCGGACUUCAACUCCCAGGCGCAGUCGAACCUCCUGGGGAAGUGCCGCCGGCCGCGCACGGCCUUCACUAGCCAGCAGCUGCUGGAGCUGGAGCACCAGUUCAAGCUCAACAAGUACCUGUCCCGGCCCAAGCGCUUCGAGGUGGCCACCUCGCUCAUGCUCACCGAGACCCAGGUGAAGAUCUGGUUCCAGAACCGGCGGAUGAAAUGGAAGCGCAGCAAAAAGGCCAAGGAGCAGGCGGCGCAGGAGGCCGAGAAGCAGAAGGGCGGCAGCGGGGGCGCCUGCAAAGGCGGCGCGGAGGAGAAGGGCGAGGAGGAGGCGCUGGGGCCGCCGGCGUCUGGGGACAAGGCCAGCGGCCGUCGCCUGCGGGACUUCAGGGACAGUGACCCCGAGGAGGACGAGGACGAGGACGACGAGGACCAUUUCCCCUACCGCAACGGCGCCAGCGCCCACACCGUCUCCUCCGACUGCUCCUCGGAGGAGGACUCGCCGCCCCCGCGGCCGGGCGGGCACCAGCCCCCGCCCCAGUAG